ACAAUUGAGAUUCUCCCCCAGACACGCAAGUAAAACGGCAACAUCCGAACGGUGUGGACGUUAAUGGUGUAUUCAGUGUUACAUGAGUUUAAAUAGCUUACUAACGACGUUUUUUAUAACUAUUACAACUCAUUCAUCAUUGACUAUAAAUAAAGAUGUUUGGCUUCCACAAGCCCAAGAUGUACCGGAGCAUAGAUGGUUGCUGUAUCUGUCGGGCCAAGUCUUCCAGCUCCCGCUUCACCGACAGCAAGCGCUACGAGAGGGACUUUCACAGCUGUUUCGGGCUGAGUGAGGUGCGUUUUGGGGAGAUCUGUAAUGCCUGUGUUCUCCUGGUGAAAAGGUGGAAGAAACUCCCAGACGGAUCCAUAAAGAACUGGAAUCAUGUUGUUGAUGCUAAAGGUUCAGGGUCAAGCUGGAAGACGACAGUGAGRWCCAAGAAGAUGAAGAGAGCCAGGCCAAGCCAGAUCAGCCGAGUGCAGAAGGAGCUCAAGAGACACAACUCUGACGCCCACAGCACCACCUCCAGUGCCUCCCCCGCCCAUUCUCCAAGCUACAGCAACCAAUCAGACGAGGGCUCGGACGUGGAACUCUCACCAGGUGCCACCCACUCGCCAGUCUUCUCUUUCCUGGACCUCACCUACUGGAAAAGGCAGAAAGUGUGCUGUGGCAUCAUCUACAAGGGACGCUUCGGAGAGGUCCUCUUAGACCCCCACCUCUAYAAGCCCUGCUGCCAGAAGAAACGGCAGCACCAGCCAAAAGAGGAAGGAGAGGAGGAAGCACAGGCGAGCAGAGCGAACGUGAUGCGCCACGCCCCACCGAACAGCCCCCCGCCCCCCCAGGUUAAAGAAGAUUAGGGGAGGGGAAGGAAGGAAGAGUGGGGAUUUGAUGUCAUAAUGUCAUAUGACACUCUAAAGAAGUCAGAUGGAUACCGUUGGGAUUUUAUGACGUCUACUGGUAUUGCUUUCUAUUCAAGAGCAGCUGGACGACUUAUCAAAUGUUGUGUUCUGUACCAGGAUGCAGUGAGGUUUGUUCUAUUAUAUCUGUUAACAAAUAUUGAUUCUUUCUCUCUGAGUGCUAUGAGAUUGUGAAUAUUCACAAUUUGUUUUCAAUAUGAAAUGCUGGAUUCACAAAAGCUGUAUGAGAAAUGGAGACCUCUGGAACUGUACCUUUUGUAGUAGGAUAGAGCCAUAUCCUUUAGGAUAGAGAACAGCCUUCCACACUGCCUUCUCCUGUCUUGUACCUCACACAUAUAUGUGCGCGCAAACACGGCCCUGGUCCCUUUCUGAAAGGAUGCAUUCUCUUUUUUUCUCUCUUUUCUUUCCCUUACGCCACAUGGUCACUGAUCGGACACCUAAUAUUGUUAGGGUAAAGCUGUAGAAAAUGCCAUGUGACAAAUUAUGUCAGAGGUUUGAAAAGUGGGAAGAAAUGAUGCAAUUUUAAARAGUUUGUCCAGAGCCUUAUUCUUCUGUAAAGGGACACGUGUACACAACCAAUGUCAUAUCCACCCUUGAUUGUGCGCCAGGUGUACUCUGUUGUAUUGAUACUAUACUCUUUCCAGUGCACGUUUAAUAUGUAAGGCCAGUGAUCUUGUUCAGUGUCUUUGGAUGUACGUACAAAGCAUAUUCAAACGUUUAAAGGGAGCCUGUAGUGUGCCCUCUAAGCAGUGAUCCUGAUGCAAGCGCUCUCGAUCGCCAGUCCUCACCUGAACCAUUAUAAGCUAAAACCCACCAACUGACCYUGGAGCAGCACUUUUUGAGCACUUCCUAUCUCAGUCUACGGACCAGUUCCAUUUAGUUUCCUAGCCCCUUAGAGCAUAUCUGAAGGUGAUKGUAUAGUGGACACUUAUUUAUUCCUUUCAAAUCUCUGAACACAAACGGGGUUCUGGGAAGUGGCUAAGAUGCUGAAUGGAACUGGGCCUAUGAUGUCAAAAGACUAGCUGAGUGGGCCAACCAAAAAGAUUCCCUGGUUUUCUCCUAUUGAGAGAUUUGAUGCCUUGUAAUUGUACUUUAGGUUUGACGCUUUCCAAGAACUGUUCAAGUCCUGCAGGACUCGGUUGUACAAAUCCAUCUACAUCUUUAGCAUGAUGACCUUAGGGGUGAAAUAAUAACACUAUUUUUGUCUGUCACUUUGCCUCUGUUUGGCGCAAAAUACUGUACAGUUCUGAAUAUAUUUUUGAAUAUAAAUGGACAAGACUACAACGUAGUGAAUAGGCCACCAACAKUUAGUUCUUAGUACAUGUCCCAAAACUGUCAUGGCUGGUUCUAUACAAUUGUCAGUACAAGGUAACUUUAAUCUAAACCCCUCCCUCAUCCCUCGUGUAGGCUACUUCUGUCUUCACUUUUAUUUCAAGAAAUGUGUUUUCUUGUUCUGUACCUCAUGCAUAUUCACUACUGUUCAUAUAAUUUAAAUGUUAUUCAAAACACGGUAAGAUUUAUUUGACACUGACAUUGUCUUAGMAUUUUAUUCUACAGUGAAAUAGACUCAAGCCUGUAUUUACAUUGCAUCCCGGGG